UGGAACAUUUAUUAUAUAUAUGUAUGUAUCACAAAAGAAAACAAUUCAAGGUUUGAUUAUUUUAGGACUCUAGAAGCUCGAUGUCUAGUUCUGACAGCAAUGAUGAAAUGAUAGUAAGAGGUAGAGGUAGGGGGCGUGACACCCUUAGGGGUGUUAGAGGGAGAGGAAGAGGUCAAAGAAGAGGGAGAGUUAUGAGAGGAAGAGGUUUUCCACGAAGAGGAGCAGUAAACAGACAAGUUGGGCCUAACAGAGCUCAGGUAGCUGCAGCUACCUUAGAGGAGAGGAAUCACCAGUUGCAGGAUAGAAUUUCUCGGUUAUCAGAUGUGGAUCUGAGGGGACUCGUGAUGAGUAUUGCAUCUCAACACCCUGGAUUUGUGUUUGAUGUCUUGGACAGGGAUGACAGUCACAGCCAGCAUGGUGGUCACCAUCCUCCACCAGACGGGCCUACCCCUACCUGGUGUACUUGCACAUAUUGCCGGGAAAUGCCCACAGAGGCAGAAAGGCGCUGUUGUGGCAGAACCAGACCCAACUGCUACUCCAGGCUGCCUGAUUUUUAUUUGAUUGUCUUGGACGAAGCAGUCCUGGCAGUGGCCAGAAGACUGAGGGAGGAGCUUCUGGUAAUGCCCCCGGAUGAAGACUUUAAUAGGUCCAACCGAUUUGCAGCUUACAGGCAAUACAUAGUCUGGCAACAUGGCCGACUUGGGGCAGGCAUACGGCGUGUAAUACCGAGCUGUUGUGUUUGGCGGAUACGUGAUAAAUAUCCCAAUCCAUUCGGACAAUACAAAGGCUUUGUUGGAGGAAGGUUUAACUGAAAUCUCAUUAACAGAAAAAACUUUUUUUUUCG